UCACCUUUUAUAUGUACUAGCACUCCACAAUUAUUCUCAGCUAACCCUAAUUUCUCGCACUUUCAAAUCAUGUUCUUCAAUUCCGAUCAUCGAAUCUGGAUCCUCAAAUUCAUGUAAUCUCCAUCAUUUGCCCCAUUGAAUUCACACAAAUCCGAUACAAUUAACGAUCGAAUCGUUCUGUUAGGGUUCGGUUGUUGAUUUCGUUAAAUUAGGCUUUCAAUCGCAUCGAACAAUGCCUUCGGUGCUCUCGAUCGAAUUUGUUAAUAUUAUUCCUCCUUUAGCUACCGUUUUUUAUGUCGGUCGUUCGUAUUCUCAUCGUCUGAAACGUCAUCUUGAGAAAGGUGAUCGUCGUGGUAAUCUUAGUUAACAAUCGGUUUAAUAUUCUGUAUUUUUAAGCUCCCUAAUUAGUAUCUAUAAUAGUUAAUUCGGAUUAUCUGGUUCUAUAUCUGUUAAUUUUUAUCAUCGUUUUCAUCAUCAUCGCGUUAAGAAAUAGGAGAUUUGAAGUUUGGUCAACGCAGAUCUGAUUCUAAUCUUGCUGGAAAAGCUCUUGAUUAAUACCAAUGGAUGUUUGCUCUGAAAUUGGAUUGUCAGCCACUGAUAAGAAUAAUGAUCAUAACCGGUCAUGCAUGAAUGGUACGAAUACAUUUGAAUCUACUCUUGGAGUUCUAAAAGCUCGUUCCGUAGAUGAACUCAGUGCUGAUGUGACCGAGCUUCUUAACAUUCAAGAUACUAAAGAAGAUGAUUUGACCUCCUCAACAUCCCAUAAAAAUUCUGAGUUUGAGGAAAAGGAUUCGUGUGAUGAGUUUCUUUUGAACAAAACAACGAUUCAAACCCCUGAAAAGUGCCUUCACAAACAUGCUACAUUUCCGUCUUCAAGUAAAACCUUAUCUCUUCAAGAUGGCAUCGCAAGUGAGCUAUCAACACAUGGUGACAACAUUAAAUUUAAUGCUCCAUCUGGCUUACGUUCCCUAUCUUUGCCUACCCAUCUGAAGCCUAUAUCAGCAAUGAAAGGCAGCCGUGAGAAACAUGGAGUUGCUCCACCCGUAAAGUUAACCGUGAAGUGGGCCCCAGACGUGUACGAUCCAAUUCCUACUUCAGUGUCACAUGUCGUAACAAACAACAGGUCGUCUUCAAAGCACAGCAAGAAGAAUUCAAAGAACAAGCAAAAGCACGGGAGCAAAUCAUCACGUGGAAGCAAAAGUAAAGACAAAAAGCAAGUUAGAAAACGCGGUGGAAGCUCUUCUUCAGGCGUGGGCUAUAAGUUGGAACAUGAAGAACAGCUGGUUGAUUUUCUUGAACCCGAGCCUCAGUCAGGUAGCAUUGAUUAUCAUGUUGGGAAUCCGGACCGGUUAUGUGGAAGUAGCUUUAUGAAGAGGUAUGGAGCGAGUUUACAUCUGUCGUCGGUUGCUGAAGCUACCUAGCUUUUCGGGUCGUUACAACGGUUUGUGUUACUUGUUUGUAAAUAAAUAAUAAGGUUGCAGUUUUGUUGGUUAGUGUUAAAACUCAAAAAUCUUGGUAUGAGUUUGGUUACUUUGGUAUGUGUAGAUAUUGUGUCUGAUGUUCUACAUGCUUCUUUUGCUGAAAUGGAAUGCUUUAUAAGUGUGGUUGAUUCGA